GUUAUUGAUGGGUGCGGUCUGAACGUGGCAUUCUUCAUUCAACUUGUAGCUAGAUCUAAUUGUUACUGUUACAUCAUCAAUUUGUUUUUGUCCCUCAUUAAACUAAAUUAAACUAUGAUGGAAUUAUUUAAUUGAAUAACAACAUACCAUAAAGAAAGAUCAUCUUAAUAUCCAUUGAGCAAUAUCAGAGUUCACCUGACUAAACCAUGAAGGCCUUAAUUCUUGUUGGAGGUUACGGCACAAGACUCCGUCCUUUAACACUCAGCAUACCCAAACCUUUGGUUGAGUUUGGAAAUAAGCCAAUGCUGUUUCAUCAGUUGGAAGCUUUAGUUGAUGCGGGAGUAAAACACAUUGUGCUUGCUGUGAGCUACAGGGCUGAACAAAUGGAGAAGGAAAUGGAGAGCCUACAAAAACAGCUUGGUGUAAAGAUAUCAAUUUCAUUGGAAAAUGAACCUUUGGGCACAGCUGGUCCAUUAGCUUUAGCCAGAGAUAUUCUAUCUCAAGAUGAUGAUCCAUUUUUUGUGCUCAACAGUGAUAUUAUAUGUGACUUUCCAUUCAAAGAUAUGUUGUUGUUUCAUAAGAACCAUGGGAAAGAAGGAACUAUUGUGGUUACAAAAGUAGACGAGCCGUCCAAAUAUGGUGUUGUGAUUUAUAAUGCAGAAAAUGGACAGAUACAAAGAUUUGUUGAAAAACCACAAGAAUAUGUUUCCAAUAAAAUUAAUGCUGGCAUGUAUAUCUUCAGUCCAUCAAUGUUGAAGAGAAUAAAGCUUCAACCAACUUCUAUAGAAAAGGAAGUCUUCCCAGACAUGGCUCAAGAUGGACACUUAUUUGCCAUGGAGCUGCAAGGUUUCUGGAUGGACGUGGGCCAACCUAAGGACUUUCUAACAGGAAUGUGUAUGUACUUGACGUCACUGAAGUUUAAACAUCCAGAGAAAUUACAUCAGGGUCCAGGCAUUGUUGGCAAUGUUCUUAUUGACCCAAGUGCAAAAAUUGGCAACAACUGUAGGAUAGGACCCAAUGUUACAAUAGGUCCCAAUGUAACAAUUGAAGAUGGUGUCUGUAUCAAGCGCUGUACUGUACUCAGGGAAGCUCAUAUCAAGUCUCACUCUUGGCUUGAGUCUUGUAUCAUAGGCUGGCGAUGUGUGGUUGGGAAUUGGGUACGAAUGGAGAAUGUAUCAGUUUUGGGUGAAGAUGUUAUUGUAAAAGAUGAGCUGUACAUCAAUGGUGGUAGAAUCUUACCUCACAAGUCUAUAGCAGAGUCUGUUCCUGACCCACAAAUCAUUAUGUAAAUUUAUUAAGUUCAUUUUCUGUACCACUUAGUAAUAUUAUACACAUUUUUUUCUCUGUAAACUUCAUAAUACCUGCCAGAUACAUAAAGGUCAUUUUAUAGUGGGACUCAUGUUAAGAAGCUACCAGCAUUUAUCAUGGUGUGAAAAUCUUACUAUGACAAAAUUUUAAAUCAUCAUUCAGAACAUAUUUUUAACAAUUUUAAUUAAUAUAUCAUACCUAUGGUAUGGAGACUGAAUUUUGGUCUGUAUUGUAUGCUUAAAUUUGUUUUCAUGGUUGAAUGAAAUAGCAUCAGUUUGAUAUUGAAAUAGUGUACAUAUUUGACAAAAAGUAUGCAUUUAAUUAAAUGCUACUUAUGGUUGACAAAUUUUUACCGUCUUUUAAGAUGUAUUCUGUAAUCUUUUUAAUAUGCAAUUAUUUGUUUGUAGCAUUCUACUGCUGCUGAUUAAUGUUACUAAGUUUUUGAAAUCCUGCUUAAGGAAAGCAUUCACAUCCCAAGCAUUGACAUGUGGAAGCAUAUGCCACGGCUUAUACUUACAGUGUUCAUACCAUAAUGUUCUGAGUGUAUUGAGAAGUGUUAACAACAAACAACUCUCAAGCCAUGUCAGAAGGUGAGGAAGAAAUGAGCUCAUAAUGUAUGUUAUACACAUUCCAGGAAACCAUCAUUUCAUCAGUUCAAAUGUUGGAACUAGUUAUUAUAAGAACAAUGUGUAUCUUAGUAAUGUAUUAAACUUGAGUCUUUUGGCUUAGCUAUUGAAAAGUAUUGUAUAAUAUUAGGUUACUUUACUGAAAAAUAGUGUGUAUUAUAUCAUUACUUUACUAAUGUGUAUUAGAAAUAUGUGCUUCUUGGUAAUGUGUUAAACUUGAGUCUUUUGACAUAUCAUUUUACUACUACUAAAACAGGGCUGCCUACACCAACAAAUUUUGUAGGUAAUAAUGGCAUUGAUUCUUGCAUAGAAUUUUAAGUUUUAUCAAUAGACAUCCAAUGUUAACUAUCACCAAAUUUAUUAGUGUAAUGAUAAGUCACAAUAUGCAUGCUCUUUUUCUUAAAACAAGAAAUGAAGAUAAUUAGUUGACUAACCCCCCCCCCCCC